AUGGCGUCUAAUGGCUUACCAUCAGGUGCCUUCGUCACCACGCUUGAAGGUCGGCGAUGCACAGCGGUCCCGAGAGUCGCGGUGGCAUCGGCGGCAUCAGACAGCAGCAGUAGCAUAGCUACGACUACGAGUACGACUUCCGCCAGCUCUACAACAUCAAGCCCGACAAAUAACGGGAUAGCAGUAGCGCCAGCUGCGGGGAUAGAGACGGAGGCAGUGGGCCAAGAUUCAACGAGUACGACAGCCUCCCCCCUGGUGGCUACCACCACCUUUAGAGACUCGACUGGGGCGUCACAGACCCAAGGCGGCAGCAGCGAGCCGGGUCCUGCGGCGAGCCCAUCUCUUGAUGCGAAUGUUCAGCGUUUCAGUGUUUUUGCUGGCGAUACGCCGUCGCAAUCGCCAGAAGCACAGCUCCCCCCAAGCAGUCAGGCUGAUACCAGCAUAGCAAGCCAGAGAACAGAAAACGCACCCUCCGAGCCGUCAGAACGGCUUCUCACAACUACCACCUCCCCGAACCCGCUUGUCGGUCCCGCAGCCACGCCGCUCUCCUCUACCAUUGGCACUACAAUAACGCCAGCCGACCCUUUAGUCACGGACGAUGUAAACACAGCCUCGUCGGACACUGUCGCCACCGCAGCCCCUAAUCUCAACAGCAAUGCGGUCCAGUCGACGGUAGCAAUAGCAGGCGGCGUCAUCGGAGGUGUUGUCGCUCUCAGUGUUCUGGCGUUCUUUGUCUGGUGGUGGAGGCGCCGAGUGCGGCGGAAAAGGAGGAGCACACUUCUCACACCCCUAGACAUAGUUCCGACCCGCAACAUGGAAGAGAAGAAUGGCUAUGUGAUCUCCCGUGGAAGCAUUGGCCCUACUCCUGUAGCCGUCAAGGUCAAGGCGGCCCUGGGUCAGAAUUUCAAGAAGAUACAGGGCCAUAUCCGGAACAGAACCGCACCAUCGGUCAACCUGGACCGCGGCAACUCUCAGUUUAUCGACCCCUCCGCAACACAUAGCCGCAACAACUCUGGCGUCAUCGGUGUCGAGCCGGCACCAAAACCAUGGUGGGCGAGGCUGGGAGACAAAUUUGGCCGGCGCAACAGCGGCUCUCUGGCGAAGAGCUCAAACGCCAUACAAGAGAAGAAGCCCCCGAAUUUGCAGCAGCCCGACUUCUUGACCCUCCUCAGUAUGGACAACGGGGAACUCGACCGAGAAGCCCAGCGACGACGGGCGAGCAUCUCCCGACUCAACGGCAGCGCCAGCUCAGCCGACAAUUUCCUGGGUAGCCUAAACCUCAGCUUCGGCGGAGACAACCCCUUCAGCGAUGCCAACGCCAUUGCUCAUGCGUCUGCCACACCAGCGCCGUUGGUCGUGCCCCAGACAAGCCCGGCCAACCCCUUCAGCGACAUCAACGCUAUCGGGAGGGCAGGACAGCAACAACCACCGCUGCCAUCGGCUACAUCAAAACCAGCAACCUACGUCGCCAACAUCCGCCGAUCCCGUAGCAACAGCAACCGCGGCCCCAACGCAGGCUACGUCAGCUAUGCCGGCCGCGAGAGCGUCGGCUCCCUGCGAUCCAUGGCCACAGCAACAACCACAAACCAGCGCAACAAAUUCCGCUCCGAUCCCUUCGAUCUCGAACGCCCCGAGCUCCUCGGCAGGGGCGGCAGCCAGCCACUCUCACGCAACCCAUCCAACCCACGCCCCCCAGUCCGCGCGCACACCCGUGCGGACUCUUUCACCUCUCGCAUGUCCAAGUACUCCAAGUACUCCUCCGGCAUCAGCGCCAUGUCAGAUGACGACACCGUGGGCGGCGUGGGCAACGGGAGUAUGGUGAGUAUGGACUGGAGUGAUCCCGGCCCGGAUGUCGGGCCUGGGUCUGCUUCGGGUGGGAGGUGGGAUGGAUCAGGGGGUAACGGUGGUAACGGCAGUGGGAGAGGGGAUAGGGAAGGACGAGGAGGGAAUGAGGCAGAUAGGAGUGGACUGCAGGGGCAGCGGGAGGUAGGGAACGGUGGUGGUAAGAGAGCGAGUGGUGGGAGUACGGGGAGUGUUGGGAAGGCGAUCUGA